AUGUCGCACACACAGGCGCCUCAACGCAAGACUUAUGUAGCCAAGGCGAGCCUGGAGGUGUUCUACACCGGCGGCCCGUGUCGGCUGUCGCACGAUGGCACGAUGGUCGCCGCUGCGUGCCACGAGGCGGUGAACAUCGUGGAGGUGGGGACGGGCAAGGUGGUGCAUAACCUUCCCGGGGAUACUGAGCCGAUCACGGCGCUCUGCUGGUCCAGAGAUGGUCGCAGGGUGUUCACCGCAUCGAGGUCGAUGCGAUGCAGCGUUUGGGACGCCACCACGGGUGAGAGCGUGCGCACCUUCAAGGCGCACAGCACCCCCGUGCUCUACAUGGGGGUCGACCCGACGGGAACUCUGCUCGUGACCACCUCCGCGGAUAGGACCGCGAGGGUGUGGGACAUCGACAAGGGUUUCUGCACGCACGCGUUCAGGGGUCACGGCGGAAUGGUGACCGUCGCGUGCUUCCACCCUGAUGCCAGGAAGCUGCAACUCUACACCGGUUCCCAGGAUGGCGAGGUGCGGGCGUGGUCGCUCCGGGAGCGAAAAUGCGUCGGGGUUCUGCAGGCGCACCAGAGCUCGGUCACCGCCAUCCAGGUGCCGAUGGCGGCCGAUGGCGGCGCGGAUAAGCUCAUAACGUGCGCCAGAGAUCGGGUCGUGCACGAAUGGAACCUCAAGACCAUGAAGCGCAUCUCCACGCUGCCCGUGCACGAGGCGGCUGAGGGAUUGGUGUGCCUCGACCCGGCGGCGGCGGCUGGACUCAUAGGCAAGGCGGCCGUGCGCGCCGCCCCCGACGCGAUCUACUUCGCGACCGCGGGCGAAAAAGGCAUGAUCCGGGUGUGGCGCAUGGGCACGGGCAAACCCGUGUCCUCCGCGGUUCACCUCAUGGCUGGCCGCGUCGUGGGCGCCGCGCACGAGGGUCAGGAGGAGGACGAAGAGCAGGACGACGCAGCCGCGGGGACGUUCGUUUCUCUCCAGCCGACGUCCAAGGGUGACGGACUCCUCGCGGUCACCGGAGACUCCAGAUUACUCUUCUACGGGUCCGGCGAGAUUGUCAUCCAGAAGGAGCUCAUCGGAAACACGGACGAGAUCAUCGCGGCAGCCUUCCUGCCCCUGAGAGACGGAUCAAAGCACGGGUCAACCUCGGAAAAAGUUGGCGACGGUAAACCUGCGCUCAACGCACUCGCAGUGGCGACCAACUCGUCACUGCUUCGCGUGUUUGAUCCGAGCACCAUGUCCUGCACCGCGGCGCUCACUGGACACAGCGGAGCGAUCUUAUCGCUCGACGUCGCAGUUGGACCAAACGGUGAGUCGCUGGUGCUGACGGGGUCGAGGGAUCACACCGUGCGACUCUGGGAUCUUGCUCCCGCGGCGAGGGCGGUUGCGACGGGUCGGGCGGUCGCUGGAGGCGCCGCGACCACCGCGGGUGCCAAGUGCCUCGCCGUGGGUCAGGGGCACGUCGGCGCGGUUGCGGCGGUGGCGCUGGCCAAGCGAAACGGCGCUCCUCUCGCUCUGUCUGGUGGCGCGGAUAAGGUAGCGCGCGUGUGGGACAUCGCCGGCGCGCUCGCAGCGUACGCCGAGGCGAGAGCUGAAGCGUUCGAGGCGGCUGGCAUCGAUCCAAAGAAACACAAGGGCGACCACCCGAGCGUCCGCAUGGAGCCGGUGCUGCUGGGAGCCAAGGCGGCGGCCAUCGCGCACGACAAGGCGGUCAACUGCGCGGCUAUCGCUCCCAACCUGACUCUCGGCGCCACCUGCUCCGGGGACCGUACCGCGAGGCUCUGGCGUCUGCCGGAUCUCAUACCCGCGGGCACCCUUCGAGGUCACAAGCGCGGCGUGUGGGCCGUCGCAUUCUCACCCACCGACCGCAUCAUCGCCACUGCGGGUGGCGACAAAUUCAUCAAGCUGUGGUCGUGUGAUCCCAACGCCGGGGUUCAAUCGUCGUGCCUGCGAACCCUCGAGGGUCACACCGCGGCGGUGCUUUCUCUCCGAUUCAUUAGUUCCGGGACCCAAAUUGUCAGCACCGGUAGCGACGGCUUGUUGGUCCUCUGGGGGGUUCGCACCGGCGCGGCGGUGGCAACACUGGACGGGCACGAUGACAAGGCCUGGGCGCUCGCGUCAGACGCGGACGGAGACGUCCUCGCAACGGGCGGCGCCGACGCGAAACUCACCCUUUGGGAGGAUGGAACCGCCGAGGCGGCUGAGGAGGAGGCCAAAGAGCUCGCUCUCAAGGCUGGCACGCAGCAGGCUCUGUCCAACGCCGCUGCAUCCGGCGAGCACCUCAAGGCUGCGCACCUGGCGCUCAAGCUCGGACACCCGUUUGCCCUUCGCAAGGCUAUCGAGGCGAUGAUUGCGGACCCUGAAGGACACGGAGACGCCGCGCUGGACUCAUUCUGCAGCGGCAUGAAGGGCAAGACCUUGCACAGGUAUCUCAGUUAUAUCCGAGAGUGGAACGCAAAUGCGAAAUUUUGUGAAGCAGCGCAGCGCUGCAUGGCAUCGCUCUUCCGCCUUCAUUCGCUCUCGGAGCUGUCUAAUGUGGCUGGCUCGAAGGAUACGUGUGAGACACUGAAGGCAUUUACCACCAGGCACUUCGCCAGGGCUGGUCGUUUACUCCGUGGUACUUACCUCCUCGAC